UUCUCGUCUUCACCAUACAAACCAAUUACCUCUUCCUAUCUACGUACGGUCGGUCAUGGCGUUGAAAGUGCUGGUGUUAGUGAUGCUGGUGGGUGUGGCUGCCUCCACCUCCACCUCUCACGUCUCUAUCAGCUUCGGGGACGCCAACGUGGAGUACGACAAUGACCACGUCCCUCACCACCCUUCAUCUCCGGCACCCUACUAUCACCCUACCCCCACCUACCACCCAGAACCAUCGUAUCAUCCCGAACCGGCUUACCACUCUCAACCCAAGUAUCCUGCCCAUCCAACACCCUCCUACCACCCUGAACCAGCAUACCACCCUGAACCAGCAUACCACCCAGAGCCAGCCUACCAACCCAAACCUGCCUAUCAUCCCAAGCCAACCUACGACCACCAUGAACCAGCCGUACCAGCUUGCGCCGAACUGACCAACGCCACCUACUGCCUGGAAGACGAGGAGUACCCAGAGUAUGAGAUCAAACACGCUAUCCAGUACCACCUGGAUAAGUUUAACGACCUGUACGCUGACGUGGCCGACCUUGACACAGAGCUCUCCGUCGAGCGUCCCGAGGCCCUGGAAGAGGAGACUUACCUCUGUCCCUCAGAGACCGCUUACAUCCGUCCUCUCCGUGCCCAAAACACCGAAGGCAAGUGGCGCGUCGUCAUCAACGAGAUUGAGCUUCACUACAAGACUUUCACUCAAACUACCCGAGUCGAGGACUGUCUGACGGCUGGGGAAGACUGCCCUAAAGUUCCAAUGUGUUACGAGUCCAAGUGUCUGCAGAAGUCCAUCUACCACCGCUUCCUCGUCUACGACCCCUAUGAUCAGUACUUCCCCUUCGCCAUCGAGACCUUCAAGCUGCCCGCCAGCUGUGCCUGUCUGCUGGGCGCCUACACUAUUGACCACUAAGUCCAGAAUCAGUUUGCUAUGAUGAAACGUCCUGGAAACCUCAUGAACAAUCAAAUAUUUGUUUUGGACAACAACAACUCUCAGCUGGUACAUAUAAUCUGUGUUGGUCUUCUAAUAAUUGUCAUCUCAUCAAAACUUAGAAACUGAACAUUGAAAUACGAAUUUUAAUUCAUCCUAAUACUUACCACACUUUAUGUUAGGUUAUUAUAAAUUCAUUACAGAAAUAUUGUUCCUGUAUAGUCAACUAAUAUAUAUAUUACUCUCAGUUAAGGAUGUAUCAUCGUUUAGUAUUGAUGAGAUGAAUUAAACAUAUUUCAGGUUGGUACAUUUAUUGUAGGUAUAAUUAUGCUUGUCCCGCAUCCUUCCUUCCUCCCCCAAGUGUUCCUGUGACAAUGUGAUGUAAUGUUAUGUUUUGUUCUUAAGAGAUACAAAAUAACAAACGGUACGUGAAGAAGCAGUUCUCUAGUCAUCUCUGUGAUAUCCUGAACGAUUCAACAAUGGAUAUAUUUUAUCGUAAUUCUGUAUUUUAUAAAAUAGGAUAAUUAUAGCACUUCAUUUUUGUCAUUUAUAAGGCAUCUUCAUUGCAUUUCAGCAUCACACAUGUUGUACAUAAAAUAAAAUAAAUUGUUUCUA